GAUUUUAUGGUCAAGUCUCGGACUCUGUCCCCAUUCAGAAGUGUUUAAAACUGCCGGUUCAUCCCAAAUGGGGCAUUUUAUCUCUCUGGACUCCACUGAGCGGCAGGACAGAUGAGCUCUGGGUGGGCUCCCCCCCUGCCCGUGCUGUGGGGGGCAUUGCCCCCCCCGGGGAGGCGCCGCACCGAUGAGUCCCAGCUCGCGAAUUACCCGGCGGCGGCUUUAAGCGGGGGGCGGGUUGUCCCGGCUGGCGGCGGGCGGGGCUCCGGAGGGCUCCGGCGGUGGCUUCGGACUGCAAAAAAUAAGUAAGUGCCAGUUUGGAAGAGCUGCUUGCUACCACUUUCGCUCAGCUUUUUUUUUUUUUUUUUCCUCUGUGUGAAGCCCAGAGUGCUAAGCAAUCUGAGGAAAUCAAAAAAGAUGUGGCCAUUUUGGGGACUGGACUUGAACCGAGCCCGCUGUGACCUGCUCUUCACAGAAGCCAUCAAUCAGAGGAUGCAGGUUCCCAACAGGCUGAAGGUAGCAGAUAGCUCCAGUCCUGGGGAUGAGGAGCCAGUGACAGAGGAUGUCCCUCCUUCCUUUCGGAUGCACAUCCCUGAUAGGAUUUCUCUUGCAGAAAUAUCAGAUGCCAGUUUGAGGCCCAUCCUGUUGAACCAGCAAAGGAAGGUCCCCUCUCUCAUGGUGCACAUGUCCCCAGACUCCUCUGCACAGCCCACCUGCCUUGGGGAGCUCCCUUUUCUGCAUGGAGCCAGCAGACCAAGCUCCCAGAAACGCAAACGAUCGGGCCAUCACAGUAGCAGGUCACGGCGGGAGAGAACUCCAAGUGACUGUGUCCAGCUGGCCUUGCGGAGCCCAGGCCAGCACCAUGAGCGCUCCCAGGAGGCUGGCCCAGCUCCAGAGAGUGCCUUGGAGGAGGUCGAGGCGGCUGAGAUGGCAACAAUGAGAAAGCAGUUGAUGAGGAUCUCGGGGAGGCUUCGCGUGCUGGAGGAGCAGUGCAACACCUGGCGACAGAAGGAGGCUCUGGUCUACUCUGUGCUGAUCUCUGCCUGUCUCAUCAACACGUGGCUCUGGCUGAGGAGAUGAUUUUUCAUGCCCCAACCUCCCCUGGCCAACCCUGGCAGGGUGGCGGAGGGCAGGAGAGGAUCCUUGCUUGUGAACUUGCGAACAGUAAAACUGUGUGUUUCUUCUUAACUUGA